AUGCUCCGCAAGUCGGCUGCGCGGUGGGUAUGGCUCGGCGGCUCAGGCUCCUCGCCGGCGCUCGGGCUCGACCUCCGCUCUCCAGCCGGGCAGUUCGUCAACGUCAUCCCAGAGGGCACGCAACCGCGGCGCACGGCAGGCCAUUUCCACGCCACGCCGCAGGCGAACAGCCUCGCCGCGACUCACUACGCGCACGCCCCAGAGCUGCGGCACAUGGCCGAUGGGGCUGCCAUGUCGCUGAGCGGCCAGCGCAUGCCUGUGUUGAAGCCGACACUCUCCAAGUGGUCUCGAAAGCUCCGUUCCGACAUCUACGAUGAACUACUGAAGCUGCCGCUGCGCUACGCGCUGCAUGACUUCCGUACGCUGCAAGCACACAUUCACGCCGUGCCGGGCAUCGCCACGAGUGCGAACGGCAGUGCUGCUGCCGGAGAGCGACUGCCGCCUGGAGUGUACCACGCCUCGAGCAGCCUCUUCGCCAAGUCGACGGAUGCUCCGACGUACUACGCGGUGGCAGGCCGCGACUCGGCAGUCGGCUACGCACCACCGCUGGGCCCCGCCGACCCCGUUGACGUCAUUCCCUUCUUUGUUCACCGCACCAGCAACGGCCACCUCCCCGGCAAGGUCUACUCCAUGAACGCCAAGACGCUCAUGCCGGCUUUUUACAUGCGAAUCCUGAACGUUGAAGGUGACAUAUUCCGCUUUGAGGAGGAGCUGAUGAAGAUCUUUCCGACCAAGAAGAUCUUCGUACGCAGCCACUCCGUGUACGUCUAUAACGUGAACCUGGACGGACGCGCUGUCCUACAUCACUGGCUGCUGGGGCUGGGGUUUUAA